UGUUAAAUGGCGCAAGCGUCCAAAUUCCAAUCAAUGUCAUAUAAAGUCGGUGUCUUUUUAGGCAACGAUUAAAGUUGAUCCAAAGUGUUCAACUGAAAACAUGUUAUUGCGUUUUGACCGAAUUUCCAAUAAAAUUCAAUGCCAAGUGUUGUGCUGCAAUCGAAAAAACACUAGAAAUAACUGUUUACCCUCUUGAUCAAGUGUGAAGUUAGUGAUUUUAAUUAGUAAAUUUAAAGAAAAGUUUUAGUUUUUGUCGCAAAUAUGCCGAAAGGAAAGAAAAAAGGAAGGACUGAUCGAAACAGAGGCGAAGGCUCGCUUCAAACAUCGGAUGAUGAUUCGUACCCGAACGACAAUUUGAGCGUUGCGAGCAACGUCUCCGAGCACUUCAGCGUUGAAGAUACAAACGAAGUGGACGAUUUCGCCCAAGAUCAGCUCGAGGAGAAGCUGGCUGAACUCAUUGAUGGGCUGGCGCAGAAGUCUUCGCAAGGCCGCACCAAUUGCUUCAAAAAUCUCACGGCUGCUCUAGUGAAGAAAUAUAUGCCGCUCUUCAUCAGGGAGAGGACCUUCACUUUGUGCGACUGCAUAGAGCGCAGCGUGAAAAAGGGCGGGCCUGAGGAAAAAGGGGCUGCCGCCGAUCUGGCCACUGUGAUGUGUGUGCAGUUGGGAACUGAUCCAAUAGGAGAAAAUAUCUAUGCGGCUUUAAAGCCAAUCCUCUUGGCCACUGCUUUGGAUAAUUCCGCCGCUCCCAAUGUUAGGGCGCAGUGUUGUCUGGCUUUGGGCAACAUGACCUUCCUAUCCAGCAGCGACUUAGGAGAAAACCUCCUCCUGAUGCGCCAGUUGGAGACGAUAUUCUCCGGUAGUUACCUGAAAGGGGACGGAUCUGUCCCCAAUACAUCGCCCGAAAAUGGGGCAAUGCAUGCUGCCGCUUUGAACGCCUGGUCUUUGCUCUUCACCCUGAUGGUCCCUGGAAACAUCGGCACCAUGAUAAAUAACUCCAAAAGCCUGCCAGAUUUGAGCCGCUUAUCGGAGCUUCUAGAGUCCGCGCACUUGGAGGUGAGGUUGGCCGCUGGCGAAGCCCUGGCCCUGAUCUAUGAAAUCGGCCGCGAAGAGAGUGAUGAGUUUGAAGACGAAUUCGCCGACUCUCUGAUCGGCAUUUUGAAGCAACUGGCCACAGACUCUCACAAGUAUCGCGCGAAAAAGGAGCGGAAGCAACAACGGGCCACUUUCAGGGACAUUCUGUUGUACAUUGAGGACAUCGUCACGACUGAUGUUCAGGUGAAGUUUGGAAAAGAGGUGCUGCUGCUGGACACGUGGGUCAAACGCAAGCAAUACGAGGCGCUGUGCAAUUUUUUGGGGCCCAGCAUCAACAACCAUCUAGUGGAAAACGACGUUAUCAAGGAUCUUUUCCAGAUUGAGGCCUCAGUCGAUGAGUUGAGAGUGCCGGCUCAUGCCCAACACCAAAUGGAGAAAAAUAGGAAGAGGAUCUUAAACGCUGCCAACGAUAAAGCCAGAACCUUGUCGAGAGCCAAGAACAGGGACAAGCGAUCGGACUUCUAACUUCGGCAAACGUUCAAUGGAAAUUAUGCUUUAGUACAAGUUUACCAAGAGCCUGCGAAGGCUCGUAACCCUCAUUAAAUACCUUUGGUGAUUUAGUUCGCUUUACUAACUUUAUUCGAGUAUGUGCUCAGUUUUUUAAUUAUGAGAAACUGUUUGUAAAUGUUGAAGAUAGGUGCACAAAUUGAUCAAAGAACUAAACCAAUGGUUUGUUUCAUUAUAUGAAUGUUGUCUAUUACACACCCAAUAUGCCAUUAUUAAUUAUUACAGUGUUGUGUAUAUCUUUUUGAAUAAAAAAUCAGCGCCCA